UUCUCUAGUGUCGCGUCAACUGCCGCUGGAGAGUCGUGUGCGUUACACCCUGUUACCUCUAACCACCCCGUUUCGCGUGGCUUCGUCACGUUUUGUUGUCCGAAAACAAGUCACGUUCGCGAAAACGUCCGAUCUCAUCGCGAGUUUUGUGUCGUUGCCGUCGCGUCGCGUAGAUACGAAGUGUAAAUCCCAGCGAUCGUGCAAUCAUUUUGCGGAUGUCUUAUCGCUUGUCGAUGGUUCCCGCGAUCAUGCCGCGAACAUGACAAGGCAACGUGUCGUGCAAAUCGUUACAACUAACACGACGAUCCUUUUCUACGUUUGACUGUUGUUCGUCCUAAACGAGUCGAUGUAGUAAAGAAUAAAAUAGUGUCCGUUUGUGUCCAUGGCGAGUGUAUCUCCAUUCGUUCUUUGCUGUAAUUUUGCUACUUUUUACGGGCAUAGAAGGUAAUUCAAACGUCGCGAUUGAGCGAGUGCGUAAAGGUCUAUUCGGUCGAAUGUAUUCAAGCGAGCGUUUGAAUCCCUGUUUCGAUCGUGUUCAAGAUUUACAGUCUCACUGCCGGUUUGUUGCCGAUUUGUCGUAGAGUGCCUAGUCAGUGUACUUGGAGAAAUUCUGACGAACGGUGUGUGAAGGGAGCAAUUCGGCAAAGUGCGUUUAGUAUGAAUUGGUGCAAAGUGCAGGCUGUCGUGUAUUCAGCGGAGACGUCGCCCGGCUGUGAAGGAAUGCUUGUAUCGGGCGCCGAAGCAUGAGGGACGUCGCAUCUUUAACGUAAUGAUGCAGAGAGCGGUGCUACUGCUCUGUUGGCUGCCGCUCCUCAACCACUGCCACGCCGUAAAUCCAGGUUGCUCUUGCGUCGUCUACAGCAGCUCGGACAAACCUCAAGGUGGCACGUUCACAUCCCCUUAUUAUCCCAAACGAUAUCCGUCAAAUAUCGAUUGCCUGCUUUACACGUUUAUCGGUCAACCCGACGAAAUCGUCAAGCUAACGUUUCAUCAUUUCAAUAUCCGUCGUAUUCGAUCCGACUGCGUGGGUGGUGACUUUCUAAAGGUGUUUCUACAUUUAGAGACCAACGGUGUUUCCGAAUACACCCCCUGGACUGGUGUGCUCUGCGGCGAUCUACAUGACAUCCCGCAGGUUCUAUACAGUUCAAGAUCUACGCUUAUUUUAGAGCUUCACACACAGGGACCUCCAUCUAAUGCGACCGGCUUUUUUGGGAAUUUCCAAUUCAUCAACAGACGACUGUUCGAGACGGACGGCGUGUUGAUUCCUGGUACGAUGUGCGACCUCGAGUUUGUCAGUUCACAGUCAAAACGGCAAUACGGACGUUUCUACUCGCCACGGUACCCGUCCUCCUACCCAAAGAACAUCCGGUGCUCGUACCUCUUCCGAGCAAGAUUAAAGGAGAGGAUACGUUUAUUUUUCGAAGAAAUUUCUUUACAAAAAGGAGACUUGAGUUGCCUGAAUAGAGCGGAUUUAAUCAGGGUGCACGACGGUACGGAUUCAGGGGCGCCCACAAUAGCUGUGCUGUGCAACCAAGGUACGGAAGUGGAAGUACUCAGCACCGGGUCAGACCUGUACGUCGAGUUCGUCGCUAAUUCCGAGUGGCCGGGCCAAGGUUUCAAGGCGAUGUUCCAAUUCCAGCCAUUGGACGAUGCGCCGCAUCCUGAGCCGGACAAGGUCGUCCCAGGGGCCGUUACCGGUAACCCCAAGCACUCGGUCAUCGGACCGGCUGUCAGCGCUACCACGUCACUGUGCGAUAUCGUUUUCAACAGUGACUCGACGAAAACAGGGAUAGUCAUGUCACCAGGAUAUCCGAAACCUUAUCCACCGAGGACGCACUGUACAUACGACUUCCAGGGACGGGGAAAGGAACGAGUCCAAGUGGUGUUCCAGGAUUUGAACUUGUAUCAUUCGCCGGUUGUAUCGGACACAGCGAACGAAUGUGAGGGCGUAGAUUCAUUAGUGGCGUACGUGCAUAUAGACAGGAAGAAGGAGAAGAUAGAUUCGUUUUGCAGUGGAAAGGCAGCACGGCCUAUCAUGAGUAACGGACCACGGCUUUCCUUGGAAUUUAAUGGCAUCACAUCAUCUCGCCAAUCACGAGGUUUCAAAGCUGUGUAUUCCUUCAUAGAAAACUUCGGCGUAACGACAGGCCGACAGGAGGCGCAAUACCCCUGUGCGUUUGUUUACAACAGCAACGAGACACGAAACGGUACGUUCGCCUCGCCGAAUUAUCCGGGCUUGUACCCACGCGACACGGAAUGUCAUUAUUUCUUCAAUGGCCAGCUAAACGAGCGGGUGCAUCUUCACUUCCACUUCUUCGACGUGGAGGGCGUGUCGCCCUGCGAGGCGGUGUCUGCGAGCGACUUCGUCGAAUUUUCGAAUUACAUGUCUAGGGACCGGAAGUAUUCGAGGCAUUGCGGUCAACAAAAGGAAUUCGACGUGGAGAGCGACAGAAAGUUCUUUCGCGUAACCUUUAAAAGCAACGGCAGAUACGAUGGAACAGGAUUUAACGCUAGCUAUGUGUUUAUGGACGAGGAAGGAAAUUAUACAACAAAGCCGCCGAGUAACGCGUCAACGUUAAAAGGUGGAAUGGCGCUGGUGAUGCUGUUCGUGAGCCUGCUUCUCUUUGGCCGAGUUUCGCUUUAAUCACGAUCAGUAACUUGGACGGGUCUUUGGCUCAAUUUACAACGAACUAUAACUUCGAAGACAGGAGCCAUCCAAAAUCCUCCAUUAUUCGUCGUACGAAGGAAAGUGGGUACACCGUUUGCAUCAGUGAAAUUGCCAAAGGGAUACCAAAGUCGAUCUCCCUCAAGAUACAUACAUACAGGACAUUAACGACUCAUUUAUUAAAUCUACGUCGCCGCAUUAAUUCGCCACCGUUCAUUCUCCAUCGUUUUACUACGUAUAACUAUCACGGUAAAGAGUAUCGGCAAUAAGAGGAGAUCCAAACCUACCGAAGGAAGAUUCGCGAUGCGAAAUAACUAUGAAGUUGUAGAAGAGUGUAUAAGAUGUGUUGAUCAGAGAUACGCGGUUUCGUCUUAAUCCUCGAAUAAAUUUCGAAGCUUAGACUAAUUGGAAAAUUGAAUUUUUUUUCUUUGCGUGUUCUUAACCGAAUGAUUUCUUAAUUCAGAAAUUUUGAUCAUCGUGGAAUUAAAAGUUGAUAAAGAAAAAUCAAUUUCAGUUAGAUGGAUUCUAAUCCUUAGAGAAGUCUAAAUAUGAUUUAUUUUUAACAAAUCGAUACGAUGGAUGGAGACAUGGGAGAUUCGCAAAUAAAAAUAUUAUUACACUCGAUUAGUUGGAAAUGUGAGUAACGAGUUUCCCCGUCGAUCAAGUUUAACAAGCAACGUAAUUUUUUAUUAAAAAAUCAAAUUUAUCUCAUUAUUUCGAAUAUGGAUUUAAACAAUGAAAUACGAUUCUUGAGAAAUUCACUAGGUCUCUUCCAACGAUCAGUUACUUUACAUCUCUUAACAAAUUUAUAGAGUAAGAGGCUCGUGUAUCGCUUAACAACACUCCACGUGCACUUGCUAAAAACUUCAUAACGUUUUAUCUUUACAAACUCGAGAACGUUCCCUGUUAGUAUAGAUACUUAACGAACGCGUACGAAGAGAGGAUAUUACGAGAGUUGUAUAAGUAACGAUACAAGUCUAUAAUUUGUUGUAGAAUGACGUAUCCAAAGUGCUGAAUUGUUAAUGUUUUUCUCCUCGUACGGAAACGAAUUUAUUAAAUCGCUAUGAACUAUCUGCCCGAAGAAUUUAUUUGAAAGUCAUACGUAUAGUGAACAGAGAAACACGAAAUAUUCGCCUUCCUAAGUACACUACGAAUGUAUUUAUUAUUACAUCCUCUAUAUGACUGUGAUGUUUCCAUUCCUUCUUAGUUCAUUAGAAAAACGAAUACAAGUCUGAUAUAACGCGAACAAAUCAUAAAGGGGUUCGUAACGUAAACAAUAGUUGAUCGAACGGUUACGAAUCGCCGCUCAAAUUAAGUCAAAAAUAAACGGAUUUACGAUUGCUAUCAGAGCUUGAUAUCUUCAAAGAAUCAAUUUAAACAAGCGGAGAAAGUACCGGCGCGAUACGGAUUUCGCGGGCAAGCGAAAUUAGCCGGUUUUAAUAAUGUAUGCACGUGUUCGAGUAUUGAAAUGAGUAAUCAUAAGGAUGACUAUCAAAUCGAGAAGUAUAGUCAGACAGUAGAAGGAAGAGCAAUACCUAACUUUAAUAAUCGAUCGGGACAAUUACGACUACGUUGGUUAUUGCUGAAAAAGUUUGAAAUAAUUUUCUGAACACGGUUCGAAUACUAUAGGAAAGUGAUUCUAUCUCUUAUGAAGUAUAUAUGUAAAUUAGGCUCAUUUUUACAAAUUACUGAAACCAAAAGCUGAGUUGCUGAGAAGGGAUAUUUCGUUCUUAAAGAAGAAUUAUUUUAUUAUAUGUUCUAGUUACACGAAUAUAUGAGUAACUACCUGUGUAAUCUAGCAGCAAGUGAUAUAUAGUUUUUAAUAUAUUUUAUGAUAUAUUUGCAUGAAUAAUUCGGAUAUUUUUAACAAACAAAGUAAUCGAGUUUUUCAUUGUUUGACCUAUUGAUUCUCAAUUCUGUCCCUGAUAAGCUACGUUCAAAACAAAAAUGAACGUCACUUAAACAAUAGUUAGAUUCUGUUUCGAACCGAAGCAAGAGCGAAUAGUUCACGAAAUGUGCAAACAGUCGCGGUUUAAUGAAAAGACAACAGAGUAAGAAGUUGCAGGCUGUUAAGAUAAAACACGAUACAUAAAACUUUCAUGUUCAAACUUCAUCCACUUCAGGUAUAAUCAAUAAAGACAAAUGUUUAACGACCAAUGCGAGAAAGAGGGAUAAAGGAGAGACAAUGGAGAAAUGCAUCGGCACAUCGCCAUGUCGAGGCAGAAAGUCAUUAUCGUCGAAGUUAACGAUAGUUUCGCGGUACUUCGCACAAAGGUCCGCCACUUUCCUGGAAAAUUAUUUCAAACUAUAAACCGGCCAAACUGUAAACCGAAAAUCAAGCUCACUUCCUCGAGCUUCUCGCGUUAAGCAUAGCCAGCAACAGAAGUGAAAUGUGGUUUUAUACAAUCAUUGUGACCGUCAAUCUCGAAGAUACGUCGAUCAAAUAUAUCGUGUAACGAACAACAAAAGCAAAUAAACUAUAACGAGCGAACAAGGAGAAUACAAAGAUCAUCGUUGAUGUUCAAAAAUGUUAAAGCGCCAAGGAUACAUCGAAAGAAGGCAAAAUCGUUAAACUCUCGCGAGUUCAACAUUGCAUCGAUGUAUCCAAUGAUACAUAAGGAUAGGUAGCAAUACUGUCAUUGUGUAUGUUAGACUACUGUGGAUAUUUUUUAAUAGGUUUAUAAUGCGUUGACUACUUCUCCCGAGUUUCUAGUUGAUUUAUAAAGAAAGAAAGAGGUAAAAGAGAGGAGUAUGACUGUGUAUUACGAUUUGAACGUCUCUGUGCGCAUGAGAAAGUAAAAAGAUGGACUGUACAAUGUAUAUGAGCAGUUAUCACUUACGUUUAUUGUUAUUUAUAUGUUGUCUAUGAAGAGAUGAAUACGGCAGAAACACUAUUAGGAAGUUGUACACCCGAAUUGGCACUAUGAAAUGCUUCUAUGUAACUACCACGUUGUAAAUAUUGUUAUAUUUAAUCCGUUCGAGUUGCUGUCAACAACAGUAUAUUGUCAAGCUGUUUCAUUCCGUACCGAUAAAGCUCAGUACGUGGCGGAAUUAAAUGAGAACGAUAUAUGUCGUAGCUUUGGUGGUUCGAACCUGAGGUCUACUAAUUUUGCUGUUCCGUUUCACGCACUCAAUCUCACGUCUAUAUUGAUUUAGACAGCGAUAAACAGGCGAAUUCGUUCGUUUCGCGUUGCAGCUAAAGCCUUAAUUAAAACGACACUUAUCGAUUCUAUUAGGAGCUACGUAUUAAACGCAGAAAAUUCGAUAUACGUACGCGCUUCUAAACGUAGGCGAGAUUAUACUUUUGCGUCGUUCUAUAAAGUUAAUUUGCUACAAUAAAAAAAAAAAGAAAAAAAGAAAAUGCCUAGUUGAGUUUGCGAAGAUUAGUGCACUUGUAUGCAGUUAAAGGAGGAUCUAUGUGUACAAGAACGACUUAACUAGUUAAAUAGUUAUUAAAAUUUCAAUCUCUUGCGAUUUACGACUCAACGAGCGCUCCGUAAUUAGGCAGGAAGUUCAGGGGCGGCCUAGCAGCAAGUUCCUGAGUCCAAAGAAACAAAAGAGAAAUAAAAAAAUAAACUUUUAUCCUUACACGCCGCAUAUUACUGGGACCUGUGAGUUAUCAAAGUUGCGCCUGGGGCGCUCCAAAACUUUGUCCUGCGGUUAAAACUGUUCAAAAGCAUCGUAGUCAUGCUCCGGACAAAGCGCGAUCAUUGAUCGGAGCAUCGACUAUGGUAUCCGCUAGUGGCGGAUGUAUUUUCUUAUUCUGUUUUGAGGCUCUUGCCGGAACAUCUCACGCAUAAGUUACUAAACUGUAAUGCAAUCAUCGUUACUGUCCUAAUAAACCUUAACAUAUGACUCUGUA